AAUAUUAAUGUUAUUGCAUUGCUUUCAUCAUAUAAUCAACGAGAUAUGCUAAAAAUGAUACUAUAUAUUUAUCAGCUUAGUCUCGAGCAUUUCAGUCAUUGCCCUUCAUUGGAUUUCUUGAUGGGUUCAUUAGGUACCUGUAGGAAGAUGGACACUAAUGGGAGGGCCAGUGGAAUCCAAUAUGAGUGCUUGCUUUUUGAUAUGGAUGAUACUUUGUACCCACUGAGCACAGGUCUUAACUUGGCAUGCCGCAAAAACAUUGAAGAGUUUAUGUUGCACCAUUUGAAUAUUGAAGAAAGUGAAGUGCCAAGGAUGUGCUUGGAAUUAUACAGAGAAUAUGGAACAACAAUGGCUGGUCUCAAGGAUAUUGGUUAUGAUUUUGAUGAUGAUGAAUUUCAUGCUUUUGCACAUGGAAGAUUGCCCUAUGAAAAACUGAGGCCUGAUCCUGUAUUAAGGAACCUUCUACUUUCCAUGCCACAAAGAAAAAUAAUCUUCACUAAUGCUGAUAAGGUGCAUGCUGCUCAAGUUCUGAAUAGGUUGGGAUUGGAAGAUUGUUUCGAAGGUGUAAUAUGCUUCGAAACUCUUAAUCCUCCUGCUAAUUACAUGGAUGCAAUCCAUUCAGAAGGCGAAUCAGACCUCAGUGGGACUAACAAGACUUGCAACUACAAGCCUCGGAUUCUCUGUAAACCUUCAUUGGAGGCCAUGGAAGCUGCGAUUAGAAUCGCAGAUGUCGACCCCAAGAAAACAAUCUUCUUUGAUGACAGUGCUAGAAAUAUUGCAAGUGGAAAAGCAGCAGGACUUCAUACAGUAAUUGUAGGGAGCUCAAUCCUAGUGCCAGGUGCAGACCACGCCUUGAGUAGCAUACACAAUAUCAAAGAAGCAAUACCCGAAAUAUGGGAGGGUGAAGGCGAGCAUCAGGGACAAGUUAUCCCGUCUAUUGCAGUUGAAACUGUUGUACUCGCUUAGCUUUCUCGUUAUUUUCAUAAACAUAUGCAUACAAAAUAAUCCUGGUAUUGAAGAAUCUGUAAUCUAGAGGUAAGAAUUGGGAGGAAAUGAUGGUCUAUUUGAAACCAUCACAUUCAUCUCAUAAUAAAUACGAACUGUUUAGAAGAUCAUUGUAAUUGAUAUGGUCAUGUAACAAUGUCCUUAACAUCAUGCCAAACUCCGAGUUGGUGGUGUUAUGAACAAAUAAGUCAUUGUCACCAUAAAUUAAGUAAGGCCUUUUUAUUAUUGA